AUGAAGGCACAGGAAGAACAUGAUUAUUUUCAAGCACAACUAAUCACCAAUGAGGGUGAGAUAAACACAUGGCUGAAGAUGAGACAGCCAAACUGCAGGCUGAGCAAAGCAUCUCAGGUUGAGCUGGAGAAACUGAGGCUGGAUAUGGAGCUAACCAUGCUGAAAUGCCAGUAUGAGGAGGAACAACGGAAACGGCAGCAUAAAGAGAAAAUGGAGCUUCUUCAGCUGCAAACAUCACCAACGCAUCCCAUUGAAAGAUUACAGGACCUCUGCGUGCCCCAAGACCAAUUUGCUCUGUUCUUGUACUGCUUCAUCUUCAUACAUCUUAUCUAUGUAGCAAAGGAACUGCUGGGUUUUUUUGUUGAAAAGCAUUACCUAUUUGUUAUUGCAGUGGCCCUGUUAUACCUAAUUAAAAAUCUCUGGAAUUAUUUGCUUGCUAUUAGUUCUGCCUCUCCAAUAGCAGCCUUUGAUGAAAUUCCUAAUUGUAAUGCACAGUGUUCAAAUGUGAGGGUAAAAGGUACCUUAUAA